UAAACUCGCCUUGGGGCGGUAUCGUAUCGUUUAUCACGAAUUGAAUUCGGUUCACUCUGCAUUGAGUCAGCAUACAGGACAAUAUGGCUACCUAGUACCCAUCCGACAGUGUUUUGAUACGUGUCAACGUGGCAACCGAAUUUUGACAGUAAACUUUAACCUCUCGUGACUUAUAAACAGAGUGCAAUACGCUAUGAUUUUAAAACGGAUAUUAUUUUUAUUAUGGCCUCUAGGGUGUUAGAAACCCUAACAUGUCAUAAUCUUUUUGUUGAUGUUGUGAGUGUCAACGGAUUCGCCGAAGAAAAACAAAAGAAUAAGGAACGUUUAGAGUAUGUGUUUGCUGUAGAAGUUUACUGGUCGGACGGCAGAAUGUGUUGUGUGAGGAGAACGUACAAAGAUUUUUUAGAACUUUAUAGUUUACUAGUUAAUGAAACUAAGUCGUUAAAGGAGACAGAAUAUUGUAUGUCAAGCAUACCACGAUUACAAGGUUGGAGAUGGUUUAGACGAUAUGAUCGAAUAUUAGCUGAAUCAAGAGAAUUAGAACUACAUCAUUUUGUACAAGAAUUAUUACACCGAAAUCCACAGAUUGCCUCCCAUCCAAUAGUAUUAGACUUCUUCGAACAACGACCAACAGAUCCGUUUCAAUCAACUCUUAAAUCAAACCGCAACUUAGCGAUAUACAACAGCACUCUCCAUAUGGAUAAACAAUACGAAUGUAAUAUUUUAUGACGCCAUUUUGGUGAAAACCUUUGUUUGGGAAUUAAUUAAUAUGUGCAAUGAAAAGUGGAAGAACAAAGAGGAGAAUUAAAGAUAAAAUCGUACGAGACAUUCAUUGCUGGGCCGACGUUUCGGUCACAAUGAUUAAAUAAGUGCCAACAUGUGCGAAGGUCCCAUAGGUAAAAUCGGCCCUCAUUGGUGCUAAUAGGAGCCAACUGCUUAGCCUAAGGGUUGGUCUAAAACCUCAGAUCGAAACGUACCUUUGACAGCCAAUGUCACAUUAUGCGACCGGGCGGCCUUGGAGAUAUUGAAAGUGGAUAAUAGGAAAUAGGGUGAAAGGGUAGACCGCUGGUUUCGACCACAGAAUUAUAUUUCUUGUCGGUAGCUUUUCUUCUAAAAUCAGAGUCUUUAAUUGUCAAAUUAAGAUGAUAUAAAAUUUGUCCGUCAAUAUCUAGAAAUUCACAAUCUGUAUCUGCUUCUCGAAAACAUACUUCAUUUUGUUAAUUGUUUCACCAUCUUUCUGACGCAGUUUACCAAAACGAAAUCUUGCGUGAUAGCACACCUUUUAGACCAAUAUAACGUUUGUUGAGCUUGGCUAGUAGUUUUUCAUACGGUGUGGUAGAAGCAUGUAAUUCUGGAAUUUGUAGGGAUAUAAUGUGUACAUUGAAGACUAACUAGAGAAAUAUUGUGUUGGGGAAAAGAGUGAAUUGGUGUUACGAAAUAAUUACCGGUAUACUCAGUAUUAUACCUUUCGGAGGGAAAUAACAAAAACAAACUCAGCAAAAGAGACAAAAGACUUAUUGUUGGUUAGCUUACUAGGCCUAUAUUAGGCAUAAACCUUUAAUGUUUCGUUCAAUUUAGUUAAAAGCGGCUUUACCAGUGCAGAAAAGUAGGACGUUAAACCCCAUUCCAUGUAUUUAUUACAUAAUACAAAUAUUAUACAAUUACAAAUAUUAAUAAACAGUUGAUUUAAACUUUGA